ACUUAGAUAGAUAGAUAUGUACAAUGAAUGAUUUUGCCAUUUGUUUACACGCACUUUCUUCGCUUUGGAUCAGAACAGAAACAGAACCUCCUUCACAGUACUCAGUCUGUAGCAGCUUUUUCCUUUUCUCCUUGCUUUCAGCUUUUUCUCAAGGUUCCUUGGUGUUGAUUUCUAAAUUGGUUAGAGGAAAGCUUUCUGAUUGGGUUCAUUGGACAGGACUGAGCUCAAGGUUAAGGUUGAGCUGGGGAUCAAUGGGUGUGGAACGAUCUGCUUCACAGUACAAGAGAGUGAAAAUCCAUGGACAAGUUCUUUUGGGGUUUAUGUUGAUCUGCAUAGUUCAAUUUUCACUUGCAGACACUAAUCCCACUGAUGUUGCGGCAAUUAAUCGCUUAUAUGCUGCAUUGGGCAGCCCUGCUCUUCCUGGGUGGGUUUCUAGUGCGGGAGAUCCGUGCGGAGAAGCAUGGCAGGGCGUUCAAUGUAAUGGUUCACUCAUACAAGCAAUAGUUCUGAAUGGUGCGAAUUUGGGAGGAGAACUCGGUGAGAGCUUGGGGCCAUUUGUUUCUAUCCAAGAGAUAGCUCUAAGCAACAACCACAUCGGGGGAAGUAUUCCAUCCGGUUUGCCAGUGACCUUGCAAAACUUUUUUCUUUCAGGUAACCAGUUCACUGGAAGUAUUCCAACCUCUUUAUCCACAUUGACCGAACUGAUCGCCAUGUCUCUUAACGACAAUCUUUUAACUGGAGAAAUACCAGAUGCCUUUCAGUCUCUUACAAAAUUGACCAAUCUAGAUUUAUAUAAUAAUAACUUGAGUGGGGAGUUGCCUCCAUCUCUGGAGACUUUGUCAGCUCUGACCACCCUAAAUUUACAGAACAAUAAUCUGUCUGGGACCCUUGACGUUUUACAAGACCUUCCACUGCAAGAAUUGAAUGUCGAGAACAACCAAUUUACUGGAUCAAUACCUCAAAAGUUGUUAAGCAUCCCAAAGUUCAGUAAAGAUGGAAAUCCAUUCGAUCUUAUUGGCAAUGCAACUAUAGCUCCGGCUCAUCCACCUCGUUCUCCAGUGACUGCACCACCAUCCGGAAAUUUGGUUUUUGGGACACCAUCUUCUGGGCGUGUACCUGCUAAACAGGCUCAUGGACCAAGUGCAGCAAUUGAAUCAAGUUCUGGGAAAUCAAAAACACACAUGAAAAGGGUGGUUUGGAUAUGUAUUUCUGGUGUAUUGGUGUUUAUUAUUUUUGCACUGGGACUUGCUAUCUUUAUUCCAAGAUGUAGCAGAAAAGAACGGGUUGAGAGAACUUCCAAGCAACAUCUAAUUGGUGCAUAUGGACGUGAAAGACAGAAUCCUAGGGAUAAUGGAGCUUUAGUGCAACCACCCAGACAAACUGAGAAAGUGCCCAAAGGGGCUGUUGUCAGGCCAAAAGAGGAUCAUCAAGCAGAGAAAGAUGAGCAAAGAAGAGGAACAAUACCAAAGUUGUUAGAGCAAGAGAUUGAUAUGAGUGGAUUAGAUGAAUUUUCAAUGCCUCCACCACCCCCACCUCCUCCACCACCACCUCCUGCUCCACCCCUUAUUGCUGAGAGGGUGAUUGUUGAGCCAACCACAAUCAGCGGAGGGGCUAAUAUCAAUCAUCCUAAAAAAAGUCCAGCUCCUCCCACUUUUGCCAAAUCUUUCACCAUUGCAUCCCUUCAACAGUAUACAAAUAGCUUUUCUCAAGACAAUCUUAUAGGAUUAGGCAUGCUGGGGAGUGUGUACAGGGCAGAGCUUCCUGAUGGGAAGAUACUUGCUGUGAAGAAACUAGACAAGAGAGUUUCUGAUCACCAAAAGGAUGAUGAGUUUCUUGAAUUGGUUAACAGUAUUGACAGAAUCCGGAAUGCAAAUAUUGUUGAGCUUAUGGGGUACUGUUUAGAGCAUGGUCAAAAGCUUCUGGUCUAUGAGUACUGCAAUAAUGGGUCUCUGCAGGAAACACUUCAUUCAGAUGAUGAAUUCAAAGCAAGACUUUCUUGGAAUACUCGCAUCCGGAUAGCACUGGCUGCAGCUACAGCCUUAGAGUACUUGCAUGAGCAAUGUCAGCCACCUGUUGUGCACAGAAAUUUCAAGUCUGCUAACAUUCUCCUUGAUGAUGAUCUAUCAGUGCGGGUAUCUGAUUGCGGCCUGGCUCCAUUAAUAACUAAAGGUUCUGUGAGUCAGCUCUCAGGGCAACUGCUAACCGCUUAUGGCUAUGGAGCUCCAGAAUUUGAGUCCGGAAUUUACACAUACCAGAGUGACGUGUACAGCUUUGGUGUGGUUAUGUUAGAACUUUUGACAGGCCGGCAGUCCUAUGACAGGACACGCCCUCGAGGGGAACAGUUUCUGGUAAGAUGGGCAAUUCCUCGACUUCAUGAUAUUGAUGCAUUAUCAAGGAUGGUUGAUCCCUCUCUCAAUGGAGAUUACCCUCCCAAAUCACUGUCAACUUUUGCUGACAUUAUUUCUAGAUGUGUUCAGUCAGAGCCAGAAUUUAGGCCAGCCAUGUCAGAGGUUGUGCUGUACUUAUUAAAUAUGAUAAGGAAGGAAUCUCAGCAAAAUGAAAAAUGAAGAUGGUAUUUUCAUAUUGGAACAUGAAUGGAUCUUUAACUAUUGACAUGCUAUAAAUGAUGAUCUCAAAUUCUCAACUAGUUGACAGUUGAGAUAUACAUAUUUCAUCUGAGGGCCUAAUAUGAAGCACCCUGUGCUUUGUUACUUCCUAUGAAGCUCCAAGCCAUCCAAUAAUCACAUGCCAAGUUCUGUGAGUUGCUUUGUCCAAUCAGCUUCAGAGAAUUGUCAGCAACACUUCCAAAUGUAGAUUAUAAGUAUAAUUUUAUGCAUGAUCGAUUUCAUUAAACCAUGCCAUGUUGACCGGGUAAUUGGCCCAUUUGUUUGAUGAUUGUUUCCCUAUUGUUGUUGAUGAUGAAAUCUGAUGCCAUAGUGCAUCCUAGGGAUUUUAUUAUGUUCAUCCUUGAUGAAAUUUGGUAAUCCUUGUACCAUUUCACAUUCAAGCACUGUAAUAUAAUAUAUUAAUAUAGUUCUUUGUAAACUGGAAA